UUAUACAUUCGUUCGCUGAACACACCACUAUGUCGCUGUGUUGCUGAAAAGCACCUUAUGGUUAAGGCAGACGGAUUAUAUACCGCAUAGUUAUCAUAAAAUAUACACGAAGAAGAGAUUUAUUUUUAAAAGUAAAACAAGAAAAUUAUAAAAGUUGCAGAAAAUAAUUUUAUAAAUUGAGAUACAGUGAAGAAUUAACAAGAAAUGCAGCGUUUAGGAAUUCGAACUAUCUGCAGCAUCCUGAGCCGUAACAGGGCAUAUACUACCGUACCUGCUCAGGAACAGAUGAUAACUGCUACUUUUAAAGUACAAGAUCUCAAGGAUUUUGAUGAACGUGUGAAGAAUUCCAAAGUACCUGUUAUUGUGGACUUUUUUGCAACAUGGUGUAAUCCCUGUCGCAUGUUAACCCCAAGAAUAGAAACGAUUGUUGCCGAAAAGCAAGGAAAGAUACUGUUAGCCAAAGUCGAUAUUGAUGAAAAUACAGAACUUGCUCUUGAUUAUCAUGUUGGAUCCGUACCUGUACUCAUUGCUAUGAAGGAUGGAAAGGUUCUGGAGAGAGUUGUCGGUCUUCAAGAUACUGACAAGCUUAAACAGUUUGUUAACAAAUAUGCAGAAUAGUAUAGUUGUUACAUUUUGUAUUAUUCUUAACCAUUGAAUUUGUUAAGAAGGUAAUCUGUUUUCCUCGCAUACAGAAUUUCUCUAGGUAUACAAUAUGUGGUAUUUCAGAAAUAUUUCUAAUUUAUAGCAAAUUUCCUGGUUGUUAAAUAAUUGUAUUACAAUAUGUCAUGUAGAUUUGUGUUUGGUAGACUGUACAUGUGUACGUACAUACACGCGUAUAAGACUAGAUAUAAUAAAUUUCAACAUAAAUGA